AUGCCUCAAACGCCCCCAGCUUCUCGAAUCCCACCCGAGUUCCUCGCCAUUCCAAAAGAAACCAGCUUCCCCGAACUCCCAGACACAGGAUUCUACCGUCAACGCGCCGAACUAGCCUCCCACUCACAGAGCGAACUGAUCAACGUACCUCACAACCAAAGAGGUCAUCCUAACCCGCGUUUACAAUCCUGCCUCCACCACAAACCCGGCUCCCGAUCCUUGGACCCCAUUUCCUCGUCAGAUACAAGCAGUCCCCGGUCUCCAGACAGCGGCAAAACCCCAGAACUCACAUCCCGCGAAACAGCACGCAGAGUCAUCACCCCGGACGGGGUAGUCCUGGGCGCGAAUCUGGACCGGUACUCCGUGCCUGUUGUACUGGCGUCUGAGCCUGAAGAGAAGGGACAGCAGUCAGACUCGGAGCAUGUGAUGAGUUUUAUGAACUAUGAUCGGGUUGGUGUUGGGAUGACGGAAAGAUGA